AUGACAUCAGUUGAAAGUGAAUCCUACGUCCAGAGAAACUGCAGCUUCCAAGACAAUCGCAAUCAGUAUAUUCGAGAUACCGGUCUUCGGAACUUGAACAAUAGCCCCGAAUAUAAUUCAAGAACCUACACCUCACAAACGUAUAUCCCACCUCAUUAUACAUCAUCAGAGCAUAGCUCGCCCCCAAACACAGUCUUCACUGAUGUUUCCUCUCACAUCCACGAUGAGGAUCUCAAUAUAUCAGAAGAAAGACGUCGAAAUACUAGAAAUAGUCAACACGAUGCCAUUGUAGCACAAAAUAGCAUUACCACCUCCUCAGAGUACAAUGACUACUUGUGGCAAGGCACCUCAUACCCAAGCCUUGACUAUGACACCGAAUCAAUCUACAAUUCACAUAUUGACCCAAGUCUUUGGAAUUGUACUGCCAUGAACACUGGACCAAUCGCACCACUUCCCGUUGUUACAGAAGCGCAAAGCAUUCUCAACGAGCACCGUUUCAAGCAGUGCUGGGAUAUUCCGCCACUAGAAGCAGCAAACUCUGUGCAGAUCAAUGAAUACGCCGGAGUAACCUUCCCAUCAUGCAUGGUUGGCCAAGCUAGUAUAGCGAGAACAGCCAGCGUCAAUUCAUUCCGGUCAUCCUCAUCAGAUUUUAAAAGAGAACUGGAACGCGCCUCACCAUUCUUCGACAUGAGUGAGUCUAUGACGAUUAGGUCUCAGUCCCCAGGUGAAGAAUCUUAUAGAUCUGAAUCGACUUCUGGAUCACCUGCACCAAGCAUCGCAGAGAAAUCAUCAACUCGCUCAAGGAAACGGAGGCUUCAAGAGAGGAAUGAUCCAAAUCAUGUAAACCGUCGUGGAGAUACCGGAAGGAGGAAGUUAGAUCGAUACUUUUGCACUCGGUGUAAUGCUUUCCCCAAAGGCUGGAAGCUACCCGAGGACUUGCGAAAACACAAUCAAGGACAUCAUACUGAAACUGGAUUUUACUGCGCCUCUGGAGUGGAUGAGAACUGUGCCUAUUGGAGUUCUCAGGAGUCGAGAUAUAUUGACCAUCUGAAGGUAGAGCAUGCUAGUUCACGCAUCUCACAGGAGAUUAUCCAGAAAUAUAACACCAUAAAUGGUAUUACGCUCGAUGAGCGAGGUCGUCGAGACAAGCAUGAAGAAAGGAAGGCCGCACACGUUUUUAAGGGGGAACUGGGAAGAAGCGUAGAUCCAGCCCAUCUAUUCCCAAACAGUCAUGUGGGAUGCAGGAAUGAUGAGACGAAAAGACAUGUUGAUAUGGGACAGUACGAUUUUGCUCAUUCUGGUGCAGCCAGGGAAUCUGAGGGUAUCGGCCAAAGUAACCGUCAAUUUGAAUAA